AUGCCAGAUCCAGACGGUCCACAGGUUUAUCUCGACGACGUCGAGCCGAACAUCUUUCUCGCAUUUUCCGAAUACGGGUAUACAGGCACCUACCAAACCCCCGAUGACGGGCACCCGUAUAUUCCGAAUGUUGAAGACGAGACGGAUCGUCUCGGCCGCGGGAUCGACCUGAUGGAACGAACAGAUGCCAGAGACCGGCUGCGGGAGAGCUUCCGAAGUCUCAAGUACGAUGGGAGUGCAGCCUUGCCGGUGGAAAACCCGCGUCUUAUGUUCCAUUUCGAGUUGUACGAUUUUGCGAGCUACUAUCGUAUUCACGGACUAGCGCAGCAGUGUCUCAAGUCGCUGCACCGGGAUCUGUGCAAUUACACGCUGAGGAGGGAUAAUAUACGGAAGGUCGUCAAUGUGCUGUUUGCCAUCUAUCGGCACAGAUACGACGAAAUGCGCGAGCUGAUUAUCCACUACGUUGCGUGUCAUGAAAAGAGGCUUUCGAGGGAACUGACUUUUAAAGACGCACUCUUCGCAAAUAACCAGAUAGCAAAGGACCUUGCAGCGAAGCUGGAGGAGGCUGAACGGGUGCCAAUCCCAAUCAAGGAGGGAUACGAGGAGUGGAAGAAGGACCUAAAUAAAUAG